UCAGAAUUUCUAUGGGGCUUGUACAAUUCUGUAAAAAACAUACAGAGAGUAAGUUAAGCCAACAAUGUUUGUAUAUUUGAGCAAGAAGAUAUCUAUACCAAACAACUUUCGAUUAAACUGCAUAGCAUGGAAUCAGAAAGAUGGGUACAUUGCUGUAGGAGGGGAAGAUGGUCUCUUGAAGGUGCUAAGAGUGGAUUCCAGUGUAAAUAUAUCACACAGUGGUGGAAAAUCUCGAGGUUUAGCUGCAGCAAGUAAUUUGAGCAUGAAUCAACCUCUAGAAGGUCAUAAUGGUCAUGUUCAAGUAGUUACAUGGAAUGAAGAGUAUCAGAAGUUAACUUCAAGUGAUCAAAAUGGAGUCAUAAUUGUUUGGAUGCUAUACAAAGGAUCAUGGUAUGAAGAAAUGAUUAACAAUCGUAAUAAAUCUGUGGUAAGAGGCAUGGCAUGGAGCUGUGAUGGUCAAAAAAUAUGCAUUGUCUAUGAAGACGGAGCUGUAAUUGUUGGUUCUGUUGAUGGCAACAGAAUCUGGGGUAAAGAAUUAAAGAAUGUGUCUUUGUCUGCUGUGCAAUGGUCUCCAGAUGGAAAGUUGCUUUUAUUUGGUUUGAAAAAUGGAGAGCUUCAUCUUUAUGAUAAUCAAGGUGUAUUUCUAACAAAACUGACUGUACUUUCAUUGAAUACUACUACAUUUCAAACAAUAGUUGCACUACAGUGGUACAAUGGAAGAAAUGGUUACGUUGCUGUAGACUGUCCUACUCUAGCAAUUUGUUACCGCAAUGGCAAGAUACAACUAAUGCGAGAUACAAGUGAUGACAAUCCGGUAGUAUUGGAGACAGGUGUGACUACUUCAUGGUGCAGUUGGAACAGUUGUGGAUCUCUCUUGGCUAUAACUGGCAUGAUGCCUCUGCUCAAUAAUGGAGAGACAAAAGAUAUGAAUGUUAUUCAGUUUUACACACCAUUUGGAGAGCAUGUGAGAACCUUGAAAAUACCAGGCAGAGAAGUAACAUGUUGCGCCUGGGAAAAAGGCUCUCUCAGAGUCGCUCUAUCUGUUGACUCUCACAUAUACUUUGCAAACAUUCGCCUGGACUACAAAUGGACCUACUUUAGCAACACAGUUGUCUUUACGAACGAGAAAAUUACGAAAGACGGUAUCUGUGUAAUGUUCUGGAACGUAAGUAACAGCACAUGUUGUACGAAAUAUGUGAGAUCGUUGAUAUCAAUAACCUCUUAUGGAGAACACUGCGUGCUUUCUGUGAGAAAUGAUCCUGCUCAAGCCACCGAGCAAUUUGCUCUUCUCGUCUGCAAUACCAUUGCUACACCAAUAGAUUCCAAAUUCCUGGAUCUGGAACCGCUGUACGUCGGUAUGACAGCCAACAUGGUCGUAGCUGCGUCCAAGAACAAUUUUCUGGUGUGGAACUUUCGUACGCCUCGCAAUUCAACGUUGCAUUCCGGCAGAAUGCGCAAAUACAGGGUCUAUCAUGUGGACGAGACACCAACCGGCGUAACGGAAGUUAUUCAAGACCUGGACGGCUCUUUCGAGACUCCUAUUAACACUAAGGCCACCAUGGAUCCGAUUUGUUGUGUAUCGGUCACCGAAAAAGUUCUUCUGAUCGGCAGAGAGUCAGGAAUGAUUCAGAGAUAUUCUCUGCCACAGAUAACGCUCAUGAACAGAUACAACACUGUAUGUAGAUUGCAUAGAAUUUCUAUUAAUUGCAACUCUACGCGAGUUUCCAUCAUGGACGGUAACGGUAUUCUUACCAUGUUGGACUUGGAUCCGCAAAAAACACCUGAUUCACGAGAUGGAGAUACAGGCGAGGACAUAUCUAAGUUCGAGAGGAAAGAUGUCUGGGCAAUGUGUUGGGCGCAAGACAACCCCGCGUUAUUGGCAAUCAUGGAAAAAACAAGAAUGUACGUUCUGAGAGGGCUGGAUCCCGAAGAACCUAUAGCCUGUUCCGGAUACAUUUGUUCGUUCCAAGAUUUGGAGAUACGUUGUGUACUGCUGGACGAUCUCAUGCAGAAACCAGAUGAAACGCGGAAAGAAUUGAUCGUCGACUUAGAAGUGAAGUCUCUAAGAGACACCAGAGAGUUACUGGCCAAGGUGGGCCUGAAGGAAGCUAAUAACUUUAUUCAGGAUAAUCCACAUCCGCGUCUCUGGCGUUUGCUGGCCGAGUCAGCGCUAACGAAGCUAGAUUGGGAAACAGCAGAGAACGCCAUGGUGCGAUGCACAGAUUAUUUAGGUAUACAAUUCAUUAAACGCCUUCAGAACGUGCACAACGAUCAGCUGAAGAAGGCCGAAGUGGCAGCAUUUCUCGGCAACUAUGACGAGGCGGAAAAACUAUAUCUAGAUAUGGAUAGACGAGAUUUGGCGAUCGCAUUGCGUCAGAAAUUAGGCGAUUAUUUUCGAGUGGUGCAGUUGAUGAAGAUGGGCAUCGGUGGCUCGGAUAAACAGAUGGAACAUGCGUUCAACAAGAUAGGUGAUCACUUUGCCGAAAGACAAAACUGGGAAGGCGCGAAGGAAUAUUACGAGAAAGGUAGAAAUAUUGAGAAGUUAAUUCAAUGCUACUACAAACUGGAAGAUUUUCUUCAGCUGGCGGCAACUGUGGACCAAUUGCCAGACAAGAGUCCUAUUUUAAAGACAGUGGCGAGAAUGCUGGCUUCGGUCGGGAUGUGCUCGCAGGCAGUGACAGCCUACAUUAAGUACGGCGACGUGAAACUUGCUGUAGACACGUGUGUACGUCUGAAUCACUGGGAUCAGGCCGUGGAAUUAGCGAAAACUUACAAAAUGGCUCAAAUUGGCGAAUUGUUGAACAAAUAUACCAAUCACUUGUUAUCAAAUGGUAAGCGUCUGCAAGCGAUUGAGUUGUACAAGAAAGCUAAUUACAAUUUAGAGGCAGCUAAGUUGUUGCUCAAUCUUGCCGAAGAACAAACAAAAUCAAAGUCACAUCCUCUGCGUGUGAAACAAAUAUAUGUACUCGCAGCAUUACUGAUUGAAGAUCACAUUAAUAGUGUUCCGGCGAUAAAAGGUGGUCGCAGCAAUGUAGUUAUGGGUCUAACUGAGAGUAACGAAGAUACCAAGAUCAUAGAGAACGCCUGGCGAGGCGCCGAAGCGUAUCAUUUCCUUCUACUCGCGCACAGACAGUUAUACGACGGAAGUUUUGAUGCCGCAAUGAAAACAGCCUUGCGAUUGAGAGACUACGAAGAUAUUUUAGAAGUAGAAGAUAUUUACUGUUUAUUGGCGCUAUCGAGCGCUGUCAAUCAUGCGUUUGCGACCUGUUCGAAAGCCUUCAUAAAACUGGAAGCGCUCGAAACAAUUUCCGACGCAAAGAAAGAAGAAUAUGAAGAACUUGCGGUGGAUAUCUUCACAAAACACACUCCAAAAGACUCUCGCAAUAACAAAGCGGAAUGCGUUAACUGCGAAACAUUAGUGCCCGAUUGGUGCGUCGCGUGUCCUAAUUGUUCGACCAGGUUUCCGGCUUGUAUUGUCUCAGGUAAACCACUAAUGGAUCUCAGUACCGCGUGGAUCUGCACCGUCUGCAGACAUCACGUUGCAACGGAACGCGACGUUGUCAACAUAAAUGCUUGCCCGUUAUGUCACAGCACUAUCACAUACAUGUAAGUGUCAACGAUAAAUCACCCUAAAACUUUAUAAUUUAUUAAAUCUUUGAUCCAAUUUUAUUUGUAAAUUAAUUAUUAAAAUUUGAAGAAAAAUUUAAAUGCAGUGUCAAUGUUUCUUACGCACUGUAUAUAUAUAUAUAUAUAUAUAUAUUGUUUUAGCCAUAGCGUGAAUAGAAUUUCUAUCAGUUUGUAAUAUGACGAUAUAUUUAAUUGUUUUUCCGAUAAUGUGUACUAUAUACACACAGAAAUCUUAUUAUUGUUGACGUCAAUAAUGUUUUUAUCAGAAGUACAAGAACAAGAACUAAUAUAACAAACAAAAAAAUAAAAAGUUACAUAUAUACUCUAUUUUCUGCUAAAGCAAAUAUCGUCGGACUAAAUAAUAAAAUGCAAUCUAAUGAGAAUGUAAUUUCCAAUGGUUUGCUAUUAUAUAUGCAUUACCGACGCGCACCUGCUGUUACGUUCAAAAUGUAAUGAGCGUUUAACGAGUAGAUCUUGUUAGUUUCGUCUCGCCCGCAAAGUUUAUACAAGUACGAAUGUAUUAUCAUCACGCAGUUUUAAUAUCAUGCUAUCUGUGCAGAAAAAAAGCUGUUUUCAGUUUGGAUUAUAUACUUUUAUAAUUGAUCUCUUAUUAUUAAGAUAUUGUUAUUUUAAGUACAAAAAAAAAAAAAAAAACAAAAUCACACAGGUGAUAAAAGCUCUGACUCCACUUUUUCAAAACUUAAAAUUAAAAUUAUUGGAGUUUAUGUCGAAUAUUCUUAAGAUGGUUUAGAUUUUCUGUCAAUUUUAGAAAAAGUUUUCUCAUUAAACCAUUUAAAAAUCACUUGAAACAAAGUAAUUUUAGUUAAAUUUGUUACAAGUUGUUACAAGUAGGAGUCAGCUUUACGUCUAGGAUAAAUAUAAUCAUUUAUUAACUAUGUGUGGAUUACGUAUUUAUAAUUCCGAGCCAUUACACUGUUAUAAAAUACUUUAUAAAAAUAUUUAUCUUUAUUAAAGUUUUAAUGUAGUCGUAAGAGUAACAAUUGCAAUUAUAAUGAUAUAGUGCAAACAAUUUAUAUAAAUUAAGAUUUAAGUCUGGAUUUAUAUUUUAUUUUGAGAUAGGUCUGU